AUGCCGGGCUGUGCCGUGGCUUGCACGAGUCCCGCUGUGCCUUUGCCCUUCGCACCCCCGGACAAGCUGGAAGGGAAUCUCAUCCUGACGGACGAGGAGGUUCAGAGGAAGCGCGAGAUGAUCCUGAAGCGCAAGGAGGAGGAAGCGCUCAAGGAGAGCCUGAAGCCCAAACUCUCGGAGGAGCAGCAGAAAGUCAUCGACGUCCUCCUGGAGGCUCAUCGCAAAACCUACGACUCCACCUACGCCGACUUCACCAAGUUCCGGCCCCCCAUGAGAAGCGGUUCCAGCAGCACAGGGGCAGCAAGGUCCUCCUCCGUCCUCACCCAGGACCUGUCGUCGGACGACUCCACCGACCUCUUCGCCUCCGAUGCCUUCGGCACGUUUCCAGAGUCUGUGGAGCCCCAGAUGUUUUCGAACCUGGUCCUCUCCGAGGAGAACGACGAGAGCUCCUCCGUGAACAUCAACUUGUCCCACCUCUCCAUGCUCCCGCACGUGGCCGACCUGGUCAGCUACAGCAUCCAGAAGGUGAUCGGCUUCGCCAAAAUGAUCCCGGGAUUCAGGGACCUGACAGCAGAGGACCAGAUCGCGCUGCUGAAAUCCAGCGUCAUCGAGGUGAUCAUGCUGCGCUCCAACCAGUCCUUCAGCCUGGAGGACAUGACGUGGACCUGCGGCAGCAAUGACUUCAAGUACAGGACCAGCGAUGUCACCCAAGCUGGCCACACCAUGGACCUGCUGGAGCCGCUCGUGAAAUUCCAGGUGGGCUUGAAGAAGCUGAACCUUCACGAAGAAGAGCACGUGCUCCUCAUGGCCAUCUGCAUCCUGUCCCCAGAUCGCCCAGGCGUGCAGGACACGGCGCUGGUGGAAUCUCUCCAGGAUCGCCUCUCGGAGAUCCUCCAGACCUACAUCCGCUGCCGGCACCCUCCUCCCGGCGGCCGCCUGCUCUACGCCAAGAUGAUCCAGAAGCUGACGGAUCUGCGGAGCCUGAACGAGGAGCAUUCCAAGCAGUACCGCUGCCUCUCCUUCCACCCGGAGCACAGCAUGCAGCUCACGCCGCUGGUCCUCGAGGUCUUCGGCAACGAGAUAUCCUGA